AUGACGUCGCACGACGCAAACUACCUGUAUCUGGACGGCACAACUGUGAAAGAGGAGAUCAUUGGAGUGGGUAGUGCAGGCAUUGUCGUAAUUCGAGAAGGAUACGCCUUUAAGAUCCCUCGGAUAUCGAAGUUGGUCGAAAUUGACGGAGUGCCUCAUGAAGAGACCUAUGGCGAGCUCACCGUUGCUAUCAUGUCUUUUAAGAACGAAAAAGCUAUCUACAAAAGGCUAGGUGACCAUCCUGGGAUCAUCCGCUGUUAUAACGUCGACGACUCCGAAGAUCCCUCAAUCCAGAUGCCGUUGAUGAAUGGCGACCUACGGCAUUAUCUAGACGAGAUCCGGCCAGAACGGUCUCGCCAGUUCUCCUGGUUACUUCAGUUGGCGCGUACCAUGGCCUUCGUACAUACUAAACGUGUUGUUAUCUGCGACUUGCGGCUUGAUAAUAUCGUGUAUGACGAUAAUAUGAAUAUCAGACUUAUUGACUUCUCUGAAUCUUCUUUAAUGCACCCCGAAUGGGACCUCAAAGGCUACGACAAAUAUGGAUGUUCUAUUCUAACCGAUAUUGGACAAUUUGGGGCAGUAAUGUUUGAGAUCGUAACUGGUCAAUAUUGUUCAUUUGAUAUCUAUGAACAGUGGAAGGAAGUGGGGGAUCCGACGACUUGGCCUCGACGGGAGACACUGCCGUCAACAAGCGAGGUAUGGCUGGGAUCUAUUAUCGAGAAAUGCUGGACCAAGGGAUUUGCGUCGGCUGGGGAUCUUGAGAGGGAGCUUGAAAAAGAGAACAUCUGCUAA